AUGCUUACGUGGCAACACUUAUCGUGCUGAAGGCAACUUUAGACUUUGAGGAUUGCAGCUGAAGAGGUGUUUGGUAGGUGUAGUGUUAGGAAGAGGAAUGUGGAAGGACAUUUUUGGAUUUUGCCUAAAGAAGAGGAGGGAACAUAGGGUGAUUGUCUGAAAGAGACAGGAGACUGUAAGUGGUGUCAGUGGCACUUUUGAGUUUAUCUGUUACCUUUUAAACAAAACGAGAAAACUCAAAAUGACAAUACACUAACAUAUGCCAGUGAAUACCAUUAUCCCUAAUGCUAAAACAUCUGCAUAUUUUUUUGCAGAUCCAUGGCACUAGUUUCACUAGUGUAAUUUAAAAUGGCUGAAGUUGCUGUCUUAUGUUAGCUGUGGUGAUGAAGUGAUGAAGGACAUUAAUAAAAAAUCAAUCAGUGGUAAUAAAGUUAGUCAGUGCUAAAAUAAGAAGUGUAGCAAUAGCUGAUCAGAAAAUGACUCAUCUGUAGUGGAAAUAUGUUCUGACAGUUUAACAGUGAAGACAAAGAGAAACUAAGUCAGUGUGCAGUGUGAAGUCACUGUAUAUUUCCUGAUCUACAGUCACAGCAUCACUCUGAGAAUAGACAAAGCAGCUUUAGAGCUUUUUCACGGGAAGCUGCAGAACCAGAGUGCUUCUUGGCAAUGAAUCCAACAUUUAUUUAAUACAACAAACCAAGAGACUGUGGAGGUGAAUCAUUUCAAAGAUGAACUGGAUUUAUUUUCAGUGCCAGAUCCAUGGUUGCCCCCCAAAACAUGACAUCAUCUUUGGACCAGACCUAUGAUGUUGACGAGACAUCCAUUAACCCAUACUUUAUGGCGGUCUACAGUCUGGUGUUCCUAGUGGGUUUACUCCUCAAUGGCUUUACAUUGAAGGUCUAUCUUUGUCGAGAUUGGCCUGAGGUAUCCAACAGCUUGAUGGUCUACUUGAAGAACCUGACAGCUGCUGACUUCCUGCUCUGCCUCUGUCUGCCACUCCGCAUUACCUACUAUGCCAGCAGCUCUCCCAUCAUUCGUAGGCUGUACUGCAGCUUUGGAGCUUCUGCCUUAUUCAUUAACAUGUAUGCCAGUAUACUAUUCAUGGGGUACAUCGCUGCCAACAGGUAUCUAAGGAUCAUCCAUCCUUCAGGAACUCACAUGCUGCAGACAGUGCAAACUGCACGAAUCAUCUCUGUCAUCACCUGGGUUUUUCUCCUGGCUCCAACAGUCGUCUAUGUUAUCAUUUUUUUCAGCUCCCAGAAACCUCUGACCUUUAAUCCUAGCCGCUGCGUUCACCUGUUUACUCCAUCAGUCAGCCUGUUGUUCAGAAUUCUCCACACCUUCUCUGCAAUCAUCUUCCUCUUGGUCUUCAUAUCCCUGGUCUUCUUCUAUUACAGCAUCUCCCGCAGAGUGCUGGAGGCACAGCAGACACAGCUGGCCUCCUCUGGCACUGAGAAGCUGCUGAAGUCUCGCAGAAACAUGUUGGUGCUGGUCAGCAUCUUCUGUGUUUGCUUUGUCCCCUAUCACCUGGUUCGUCUUCCCUUUGCGUUUCUGUGGAGCGAUGACUCAGUAGGUCCAGUAUUGUUCUACCUGAAGGAGGUGACCACCAUGGUGUCAGUUUUCAACAUCUGCCUGGACCCUGUUGUUUACUUUUUCCUCAGUAACACUUUUUGGGACAAGGUCAGAAAGGCGAGAGCCCAACAUACAACUAGAAACAAGGAGAAUGAGAGCAGGAGGGACAAGCUGGACAUCAUUACAUUAGAACCAGUGACUUCAACCAGUUAGUUGUGAAAAUGUACAUUUAGAUUUCAAUUUUGUUUACAAGUUGAUAAAAUCAGUGUCAUGGACCUUUAUCCUCGCAAACCACAAGUCAGAAAUCCAAACAAAGCUAAAGUCAACACAGAAACAUUUCCACAGAGACGGCAUCAGUGUUUAUGUUUCUAGUUUUCAGGAAUGAGCCCAAAGGCUGAUUUAGUAUGAAUGAACUGAACCAUUCUGUGGUCAAAUUCAAAUGUUGUUCAUAUGGUUCUGGAUCUUUGGCUCACAUGAUUCAAUGAUUUAGUUUUAUACAAUUUAGUAUUACAUUUUACGUUGCUGAGUAUGUUUGCGAAUUUUUAGUUUAUUUGCUUUUGUUUAUUGUUGUUUAUUAGGUUACCUUUGU